AUGGAAGCGUUUUCGCCUGAACUUGAGCUAGGCAAGGAGUUGGCUGGAGACGGCCUGGGCAAGAUGGAGAGCAACCUGCAGCCUCCCGCCACACGGCAGGACGAGAGGUUUGUGUGGGAGCCGCCAGUGUAUGCUACACUGGGAGCAGGGGCCUACUGGGUGUCGCCUUCCCUGCACCCACUCCUACCAUGCCAGAAGGAGGCUGUGCUGGCCGCCUUCCAGGACAACACCCUCGUGGCCAUGCCAGAGGGAUCGGGGCAGGCAAGCAUCGCCGCCGUCGUCAUGCUGAACUUCCUGCGGUGGCUCCCCCAGGGCAAGGUUGCGUUUGUGGCGCCCGCCAGGUGGCAGCUGAAGAGCCAGGUGGAGGCUUGCCAGAGGGUCACCGGCCUGGACGCGGCGUGCAUCUCCGACUUCUCCUCGGCCUCCAAGCAGGAGGCGCGCAAGGAGGCCUGGUCCCAGGACCACAAGCGCGCCUUCUUCUGCACCCCCGCCACGCUCUGGAGCGACGUGAAGCGGGGCGUCUGCGCGUACGACCAGCUGGCCUGCCUGGUGGUGGUCGACGCGCAUGCCGCGUCCGCCCGGUCGGACGCGGUGGAGGUGGUGCGCACCCUGACGCGGCGGCGUCUGCGCACGCGCGUGCUGGCCUUCUCCUCCUUUCUUCCGUGCCUGCCGCCCGCCCAGGUGCAGGAGGCGCUCACCGGGCUGGCCAUCCGUCGCGUGUGUUGCCGCGGCGAGCGGCACCCCGACCUCGGCGCCCUGCGGGUUCCGAUGGAGCGCGUGGACCGGAUCCUCACCCCUGCUCCGGAGGCCUCGAGACUGCUCGACGCCCUGCUGCGCACGCUACGGCCCCUCAUCCGCCAGCUGGCAAACGCCAACCUGCUGGCGCCCGGCGAGACGGCGGAGGGCUUGACCUCUUCGGCCCUGGAUUCCAUUGCCCUGCCGGGGUCCGGCCCGCAGCCGCGCGCCACGCUGCGCCACGCUUUUCUAGCGCUGCGCCUGCGGGAGGCGUUGGAGGCCUGGGGCCCACAGGCCGCCCAGGCGGUGCUGCUGGACGCGCUGGCGGCCGACACCUCGGCCCACCGGCUGGUGGCCUCCAGCCGCGACUUUGCGCAGUUCAAGGCCGAGCUGGAGGUGGCUGCGAGGAGCGGCGCCGCCUGCCCGAAACUGGCCGCCCUCCAGUCCCUGCUGGAAGCCCAGCUCCAGGAGGAAAGGGAGUCGCUGGCGGUGGCCGACCUGGUGGUAGCCCUGGACGGCGCCGCCACGCCGCAUGCCCUGCUGCACCUCCUGGGUCUACGGGGCCGGGCCCGCCCCGCUCGCUUCCUCCGGCUGCUGACCGCAGGGGGUGAGGCGGCGCGGGCGCGGGCUGCUGACAAGGCGAGAGGUUGA